AGGCAAUUUAUUGAUAAUUUUUCUUCUCCUAGCCUGUGAGUUACUUGGUUCUAUUUUUAAAGCCCAGUACAGAGUGAGUUGCCAGUCUGUCAAUACAGGUCAUUUGGGAUAUGCUAUGAAGCAGCCACAGGUGAAUGCAUCACACAGGAAGUGAGAUCACAGCUAGCCCACUGGAACUGGCUGUGUCAAGUGGGCUUACUCCACAUGCUCAAGGGGAACAUCUGUUUUACUUGGUGUGCUGCAAACUGGACACUUGUCAAGUGUGUGUGUGUUCCGGCUGUGCUUCUUUCCAGUCUUCUUUCUGUCUUGUGGCAGGGGAUUUCUCACAGUUUUUAACAAGCAAAUGAAGCAGCUGUAUAUGGAACAUUUUAUGUGAAAGAAACAAAACUUGAAACUGCUUGGUUUGUUGUGUGAAGUUCUGAAAACUUUACCGGUAAUGGAGAACACAAAUAUCUAAACAGUGUACUUCAGUGUCUUGUUAUUGUUUUGUUUUUUGUUUUUUUUAAACUGAACCGUCAACCAUUCAUCGCCAGUUUUCCCUCCCGGUACUAUCAUUGUGUAUGCACCCAGCUGUUGUAUAAUUUUUUGAAUAAUCACAAUGAUAGUGUUGGUUUGACUGACAAGUGCUUGCCAAGUGGGAACUGACAUUUGUGUGUGUGUGUGUGUGUGUUUUUUCUGCGAGUGGAAGAUAACAUGAGCAAGGAUGGCUCAGACAAACAGCAUAUUGUUGACCCGGUGGGCGUCGUCCCCGGGGAGGAGAUGACCUCCAGGUCAAACGGGAUUCCUCGGCAGGUAUCCUCGGACUACGAGCCCAUUGAUGGGGUGUCUGUACAUACACAGAACGACGGCUAUGUAGAACUCUUUGCCAACGACCCAGAGUACGGGCAUAUUGUCCGCGAGGCUGAGAUCGCCAUAGAAGAUGGGAUACUGCCAACACUUAGCUCGAAAGGAACGAGCGGAUGCUACUUUGUUCAGAACAGGGAGAAGAAAACUAUAGGAGUAUUUAAACCAAAAGAUGAAGAGCCGUAUGGACAGUUGAAUCCAAAAUGGACCAAGUGGAUGCACAAGUUGUGUUGUCCGUGUUGCUUUGGCCGCAGUUGUCUUGUUCCUAAUCAGGGCUACCUCUCGGAGGCUGGAGCCAGUGUUGUUGACCAGAAGCUGCUGCUCAACAUAGUCCCCAAAACAAAGAUAGUCAAGUUGGCUAGUGAGACGUUCAACUAUAAUGCAAUAGAUCGGGCCAAGGCCAUGACAAAGAAAAAUUUACUACAGAAAGUUCCUGCUGUUGGGAAGCGAUUUCACAGAAUAGGCUUGCCUCCAAAGGUUGGAUCAUUCCAGUUGUUUGUGACAGGGUACAAGGAUGCAGACUUUUGGCUUCGGAGAUUUGACAACGAGUCUUUACCCCAAUCCACUGCACAGACAUUUCAACAUUUAUUUGAAAAACUUGUUGUUUUAGAUUAUAUUAUCAGAAAUACAGAUCGAGGAAAUGAUAAUUGGCUGAUCAAAUACGAACAAGCCAGUACUCGUACCCAUUCUGGGGAGGAAGCUGAGUGGAGUCUAGUCGAAAAUCCUGAAAUAUCCGUUGCAGCAAUAGAUAAUGGUUUAGCAUUUCCGUGCAAACACCCAGAUGAGUGGAGAGCCUAUCCAUACCAUUGGGCGUGGCUGCCCCAAGCUAAAGUGCCGUUUUCCGCCGAGAUUAAGGAUUUGGUCCUGCCACAGCUGUCCGAUAUGAACUUUGUCCAGGAUCUUUGUGAUGACCUUUACGAACUGUUUAAGACUGAUAAAGGUUUUGAUCGACACACUUUUGAUAAGCAAAUGGCAGUAGUGAGGGGUCAGAUUCUGAAUUUGACACAAGCUUUGAAGGACGACAAAUCACCCGUGCAGCUAGUUCAAAUGCCAGUGGUGACGGUGGAACGCAACAAAGCAGGUCAAGGUCGGAUACGAACAGACAGUGAUACAUUUACACAGACAUUUGCACACAGAGCACCGUUCUUCUCAUGGUGUUGAAGUGAACAAGGUGUUGAAGUGAACAAGGUGUUGCAGCAUUUGUCAUGUUCCGGUUUGAACACAAUGUUACAACACUUGUCUUGUUCCAGUGUGAACAGUUUACAACACUUGUCUUGUUCCAGUGUGGACAUAGUGUUACAACACUUGUUUUGUUCCAGUGUGAACAGUGUUACAGCAGUUGUCUUGUUCCAGUGUGAACAGUGUUACAACAGUUGUCUUGUUCCAGUGUGAACAUAAGUGUUACAACAGUUGUCUUGUUCCAGUGUGGACAUAGUGUUACAACACUUGUCUUGUUCCAGUGUGAACAUAAGGGUUAGAACAGUUGUCUUGUUCCAAUGUGGACAUAGUGUUACAACAGUUGUCUUGUUCCAGUGUGGACAUAGUGUUAUAACAGUUGUCUUUGUUCCAGUGUGGACAUAGUGUUACAACACUUGUCUUGUUCCAGUGUGGACAUAGUGUUAUAACAGUUGUCUUUGUUCCAGUGUGGACAUAGUGUUACCACACUUGUCUUGUUCCAGUGUGAAGAUAGUGUUACAACACUUGUCUUGUUCCAGUGUGAACACAAUGUUAAGUGUCUUGGUCCUCAAGAAAAUAUUGAUUGUAUUUCUGGUCGUUGCUUACAGUUACUUGAUUCAAACAUUCAAUUAUUUAUGUCCUUAUGUCCAUAGAAACUCAAACCAGGACAAUGAUAUAAGUUGGCGAAUGCCACAGUUUUGACAAUACAAUGCUCUUAUAAAUAUCUUUUAAAAAAUGCAUGCUUUGGAAUUGUAAGGAUGUUUUUCAAUUCAUAAUAUUUAACUGAUAAUGAACGUAAACAUUUACUUGUCUCCAUAUAAAUGUUUGGAGUUUUGGGUUGAGGAGUACAAGAUGAAUUAUACCCUCCGAAAUAAAUUUUACCUAACUAGAUGUGAAGAAAUUAUCAUUUCAUGCAAGAAACCAGAGGUGGAUCUGGGGUCGGGUGAGAGCUAAACAUAUUCAAGUGCCAAUUUGUUUUUCUUCUUUCAAUUUUUUUUCUUCUUAUUGUGAUACCCUUUUGAUAAGUAGGUGCAUGUGUCCUUUUGUUGUUAGGACACCCCCCCCCCCACCCCCCCCAGCUUAAUAUUUCCUAGAACAGCCCCUGGAAACUUACCAGUUUUAACCAGAAAUACAUGGGUUUUUUUUCUUAAAGAGGACCAAGUGCCAACACUUGAUUUGUUCCACUGUGAACAUGGUUACGAGACUUGUGUUCACACUGUGAACAGUGUUCCAAAACUUGUGUUCUCACUGUGAACAGUAUUCCAAAACUUGUGUUCUCACUGUGAACAGUGUUCUAAGACUUGUUCCUGCUGGCUGUAAGUUGACUGAAUUUUAAAAGUAUGCCUUUAAAAGUGAUCCUCUGUGAUUUUUCUGUGGAAAGAACAUUAAAAAAUAUAUAUAUUCAGCUGAUGAGGAGCAAUUCCUUUGAAGAAAUCCUGAAAUCUGUUGCAAAAUUUGUUUUUUAUGGAUUUAAGACAGAAAGUUUUGUUGUUUUUUUGUCUCCACACACACUCCACUGUGCAGAUAUAUACAGUAAAACCCCUCUAAACCAGACUCAAUAAACCGCAAUUCUCUCAAAACUAGAAAUGUUUACGAUUUUUUUUUUUUUUUUAAAUAUCAGUACAGAACUGAACCUCCGUAAACCGGAUACCCUUUAAACCUGACGUUUACUUGAUCCAAUGGGUGUCCAGUUCAGAGGGGUUUCACUGUAUCUGGAAUCAUUUAGAAAUUAUUAAACCUUGCUGUAAUAGAUGUAUUUGCUGUUUAAUUAAUAGAGCUUUCCUGUUUUAAAAGCUAUAUGCCUCAGAAACUAAUAUUUAUUAUCAGACAAAGAAAAAGGAUUGUAAUAAAGAUGAUAUUUUUUAUGAUUGAUUUUUACUUUGGGGAGAAAAUUCUAUUAAACAAAUCCAGAAAUAAAUUUUAUCGUUUUAUCUCUCUGGAAAUACAUAUCUUGAGUAAUUUCAGAUUUAUGAUCCUGUAAAAAAUAAAACCCUCACUAUAAUAUCUAAUAAAGGAUUCCACAGUAGAUAUUAAUCAUAAUGAAACCAGAUUUCUGGUCUCAAAGGCGAGGUCUUGGAGGCUUUCGUGUUUAAAUUAUUGUCUGGGGACAAGAAAAAAAAAAAAAAGAGGGUUGAAUGAGAGUGUAUGAAUGUCUUGCAUGUAAAUUAUUAUGUAUUGACUUCUAAUGCGUUUCUCAACCUUUGUUUUCUACAUAAUGACAUAUCAAAGUACCGUACAUGACUACCUGGAUGGGGCACUUAUGAUCUAUUCUAUUGUUAUUACAAACCCUCAAAAUAAUUUUCUGGCAGAAAGCCUAGCACCAUGACACACAGGUUGAGAAACAUUGCUUUAAUGAUUGAAUUCUGAUUUUUAAUUUAUUACAUUCCAUCUUUAUUUCUUCAUCGUUGUAAAUAAUUUGAGUUUAUACCGGUAUCAGAGGAAAACCUGCCCUAAAAAAAUGCUGGUUCUUCUCUUAACUUUUAUUUUCUUCUUUUUUCUUUUUUUUCUUUUUCUAAAUUAUGCCAUAAUCAGUAGUCUUAAAUUUUGUAUAGUUAAUUACAAUGUUAGUUGUGAAUCAAUCCAGCUUCGUGUGUGUGUGUGUGUAUCAUAUUAUAUGCAGAUAAGAGAACAAUACUUAAUUAAAGUGGGAUAAUCAGGUCUUUAAAAAUUGCGAGACUGAUAAUUAAUUUUAAUUAGCAUGUCACUUGCACAAACCUGGUUUUUGCUUAACCCAAGUUUCAUUUGUCCAUUAAAUUUAGGAAUUUAUUUAUGUGGUCAUGAUAUGUUAUGCAAGAAUGAAAUUGGUUAUUUUGACAUAAUCCAUAAAUGGUUUACACCUUAAAUAGUUUGUGCCAGUUUUCCAUUCUAAGAUGCCUGGAUAAUGAAUAAAACUAAUUUAUGUAC